AAGCGAGCUGAACGGCUGCUGCCUUCACACUGUCCUGUUUGAAGCAGAGCCACGUCCUCUGGUCACACCAAGCUUUCUGGCUCCUGCGAAACGAACGCAGAGAAAAACAGUUCAAUUUUCCAUGGAAAAUCAAACAGAAACAUCAACUAAUUAUCAUAAUCUCCCAAACAAAAAGGCGAUUUCUUCUUCGUCUUCUCCUGGCUCGUACUUACCUCACGAUGGAGUUGAAAUGCGAAGUUUCAGAUCAUACCUUCGAUGGAUUUAUGUGGAUCAAUCCAACAUUUGCAGAGCGGCUCUCUCUUGGUCUCUCUUCUUCUUCUUGGCCUUCGCCGUUCCUCUUCUCUCCCACUUUCUCUUAGCUUGUUCCUCCACCUGCGACGCCGAUCACACUCGUCCCUAUCAUAUACCAGUUCAGAUUUCUCUCUCCGUCUUGGCGACGCUCUCGUUUCUCAGCCUUUCUCGUUGGGAUCGAAAGUAUGGAAUCCGGAAGUUUCUCUCCAUCGAUAAAGUCGGCGACGAGAGUCCGAAGAUACGGCGUGGCUACGCCGAACAGCUUCAGAAAACCAUGAAGCUGAUAUUGAUUUGGGGGCUACCUUGUUUCCUAGCAGAAUGUGGGUACAAAAUAUGGUGGUACAGCACAGGCUCACAUGAAAUACCAUAUUAUGGUGAUAUUUACAUUAGCAACAUCACACUGUGCAUGAUAGAGUUACUUUCAUGGCUAUAUCGAACCUCAAUAUUCUUUCUAGUAUGUGUCCUCUUUCGUCUCAUAUGCCACCUUCAAAUUCUGAGGUUAGAAGACUUCGCUCAAGUGUUUCAAAAAGAAACAGAAGUUGGGUCCAUACUUGUGGAACAUCUGACCAUGAGAAGAAACUUGAGCAUCAUCAGUCAUCGUUUCAGAGGAUUCAUCUUGGCUUCUCUGAUUUUGGUCACUGCCAGCCAACUCAUUUUUCUGCUCCUCACUACAAAAACUGGUGCUGAUGUUGAUAUACUUAAAGCCGGCGAGCUUGUCUUAGUCUCAGUUACUCUGGUGAGUGGGCUUUUCAUAAUGCUGAGAAGUGCCACGAAGAUAACACAUAAAGCACAAUCUGUUGCAAGCCUUGCAGCAAAGUGGCACAUGUUUUGCACCAUAAACUCAUUUGACAACAUUGAUAAUAAUAAUGGAGAGACACAGCAAGUUGAAGCUUCAACUCAAGCUUUUGCUACAUCAAACACUGCUACUUGGGGAUCAGAUGAAGAGGUUGGAGACGAGGAGGAUGAGUUAGAUAACACCAAAUUGCUUCCUAUUUUCACACGUACCAUCUCAUUUCACAAGAGGCAAGCUUUAGUGGUGUACAUGGAAAACAACAGAGCAGGAAUCACAAUGUUUGGAUUCAUGCUUGAUAGAAUGUGGCUUCAUUCCAUUUUUGCCAUUCAGCUAGCGCUCUGCCUUUCGCUACUCAACAAGACAAUUGGUGUUUAGCCAUAAUCUCUACUUCAUACGCUCAUAUAUAUGUCUGUGUAUGUGUCUGCAUGUAACUUUUAAUUUGAUGCAGGUAGAAAACUUAAUCAGGGUAAUGUUGAUCUUCUCCUUUAGAAGAAAAUUUGACCCCAUUUCCUUCA